CCCCAUCCCAACCACCCCACCUCAGCUAAUUCCUCACACCCCACCUUUGAUUAUAAUUUGCAGUUUAAAGUCAUCAGCUCACCAUUGCUCCAAUUUAUGAGCAUCAAGGAACUUCUGAUUGCCUUUGGACAGAACAAAGAGUUUGGCAGCGACUAAAACAACAUUAUUUACAUCAUUGAUCAAAAUUUGUAAUUGAUCAAAAUCUCCUUCUUUGGUUAAUGUUUUCCCACUUCGAAGAAAGAACCCAACACCUAAUGAAUGUCUAAUAAUACAGACAUUUUUUUAUUAAAUUUUGAAAAUUUGGUGGGGAUGUAAAUAGGGUUUUGCGGUGGCUUUAUAGGUGGGUAUGGAGGUAAUCUAAGCUGGUGGGAGCAUGGGUGUGUGGUUGUUGAGGCUUGGGAAGGAAGGUGCAGGGCCUGGGUUGUUAAGUAAAACAAAUUUGUAAUUUAUUUAUUUAUUUUUUUUUUUAUUCAAAUGACUUGCUAAUGAAAAUAAUGGUAAUUCUUAAGCAGUGUGACUUAUGACGGAGUAUUUGUCUUGGCAAAAAUAAAUAAAAUAAAAACAGGAAGGCGAAGGGGAAGUCACGUUACGAAUUUGUCGACGCUCGACAGCCAUCAAUUCGGCCUUUACCGUCGGCGAAGAUCUGAUUACUCAUCUCUUCUCUUCUUUUCAGUCGAUACUUAGGGUUUAUCUGGUUUUUUUUGAAGAUAUUUAGCGGGAUUCUGAGCACAAGAAGGAGAAAAAACUAUGUCAGCACUAUUCAAUUUUCACUCGUUUCUGACGGUGGUUUUAUUAGCUAUUUGUACUUGCACUUACAUCAAGAUGCAUUUUCCUGCCAUCCUUGAACAAAGAACUGGGUUUCGAGGGUUCUUCUGGAAGGCUGCUAGGAUUGGUGAAAGGCUGAGUCCAUGGGUGGCUGUAGGAUGCUUCACGAUGGGUGUGUCGAUAAUCUUCUUUUGAUAGAAUCAAAGUGUAAAAAUUUUGCUCCUUACAAGAUGCUACUUCAAUUAGAAGUCGGGUUUCUCCUAAUGGAAGUUGUUAAACUGGCUUUUUGCUGCUUGAUCAAGGAACCCUUUUUUGAAUUAGGUCUCUGAGUAAAGUUGGACAUUUAUGUGAGAUCAUGGAGAUCCGAAUAUUACAGUUUGUGAUGAACGCGAUUGACUGAACUUGUAUUAGUAUACCGUAUACAGUAUACCGCACUGAAAGCUGUUCAUUCUUUCAUUACUUUACCCUUGGUGUGCUGUAUCCGAGAAGUUGAUUUUGGACAUCGACUUCGUUCUUUUUGCUUUAAAGACUCUUGAACUUUCUAUACAUUCUUCCGCAUUUUGAAGUUAUUGGCCGAAAUAUGCUUUUUUUAUCUGACAUAUUGUUGGCUAAAGGUGUACACAAGUUAAGGCUUGAUCAUCACUAUAGUUGCUUGAACAUAUUGCUGGCCAAAGUGGUACGUUGCUUAUUA